UUCCCUUUCUACUAAUUUUUUUUUCUUUUCUUAUGGUGGGUGGAAAUACUGAAAAACAUGAACAAUCAAGGGACCCAAUGAAAUCAUGAAAAGAAAGAGAGAAGAAGAUUGUUAAGACAAGAAGAAGAAGAAGAAAGAAUUAUAAAGCGAUUAGUCUGUUAGAGUUUUUGAUCUUUUGGUUUGUUGUUGAGUGACUAUGAUGAUGAUCUAACUUUGGGUUUUGUUUUUUUGUUUGAAGGAGUUUUUCAGAAGUGUGAGUGUUUGCUGAUUCAAUCAAAGUAAUGGAGAGUUUUUUACAGACGAAUCACAACUUCUUACUUCAAUGAACUUUUCCAGCAAAAUUUGGAUCAUCGGGUAGGUAUAUGUAAUCUUUCUCUAUUCAUCAUAAAAUUCUUUCAUUCUUUUCUAUACAUAAAAUUUCUAUUAUUCUUUUAAUCAAUCAUUUGUUCAAAAAUUUCAUCAAAUUGAUUUUCAAUUCCUUAUUCAUCCGUGCAUGAUUUUACAAAGAUAGUAGAUUGCAUAUUUUAUCUGUACAACCCCCAUAUACAUACAUUGUUUUUCGAUCGAAACCCCGAAGAGAUUAGGAAAAAAAAAUCUAUUGGAAGGAUACAUAGAGGAUGUUGGCUGGGUGUUCUAAAUUGUUGUCACCAACAAGGCAUAGACUAAGGAGUGAAGCUACAGCACAGUUUCAGGCAGUUUGCAGUUUUCAGCUACCUUCAAUGAGCACACAGAGACGGGAACUACCCUGUACGUUUACCCGUAAUACUUCGAGAUCGCAACAACCGAUUAGACCUGUUGGUUUGUCAGUAGAGAAAGGGUUUGAAUCAAAGGGAAGCUGUUCGAUUAGGCACAAAAGCCGGCCACCGCCUUCGCUUUCCAUUCCGCAGCCGCUGAUUUGGGAAGGAAGGAGAGGGGUUGAAGAUGUGUUCUGGGAAGAAGAGAAGAAGAGUUUGAAGAGGCAGAAUUCAUCUGACGAAUGCGGCGUUAACAGGGUUAAGAGAAAGAGAUGCAGCAGCGACAGUGAGUUGGGUAGUGAGAAUAUUUGGUUUUCGCAGAAUGUUGCAGGGUCUGGAGUUACAGGUACUGAAACUCCUUCACUUACUGCAGCCAAGGAAGAGAGGGUAAGUUUCUUGCCGCGGUCAACAUGGAUGGAUUUUGUGGUGAAUGAGAUUACAGCAACAGGUGAUAGAGGUGCCGCCGAGACAAGCCGGGCAAUUACAAAGGUGAAACCCGGAUCGAGUAACUCGUCUGAGAGUCGUAGUUUGACACUAAAGCCAGAGGAUAAUUCCUCCGACGACAUCGAAAUUGGGAACGGGACUCGGGUUCCUUACCCAUCAGAGGGAAGACUAACUGCGCGCAACGGUGGCGACGUUCAACCGGAGCAUCAAGAUUUUGAGCUAUUGGGUUUCCUAGUAGCUUGUGUGGAAUCAAUCAGCUCAAAGAACAUGUCGGCCAUUACAUAUUACUUAUCGAGACUCGGGGAAUUAGCUUCACCAGAAGGAAACCCAAUUCGCCGUGUCACAGCUUACUUCACUGAAGCCUUAGCAUUGCGUGCUGCGCGACUAUGGCCUCACAUUUUUCACGUUUCAGUUCCUAGGGAUAUCGAUCGGGCAGAAGAUGAAACUGCAUCAGCACUUCGGCUUCUCAAUCAUGUCAGCCCAAUUCCAAAGUUCCUGCAUUUCACAUCAAAUGAGAUGUAUUUGAGAUCGUUUGAAGGAAAAGAUCGUGUGCACAUUAUAGAUUUCGACAUCAAACAAGGGCUCCAAUGGCCUAGUUUGUUUCAGAGUUUGGCUUCUAGAGCUAACCCUCCGAGCCAUGUCAGGAUUACAGGUAUAGGCGAGUCAAAACAGGACCUUCAAGAAACAGGAGAUAGAUUGGCCUUAUUCGCAUCAGCCUUGAAUUUGCCUUUCGAAUUCCAUCCGGUGGUGGACAGGUUAGAAGAUGUCAGGUUAUGGAUGCUUCAUGUCAAAGAGAAAGAAAGCGUAGCUGUGAAUUGCAUUCUCCAGUUGCACAAAAUGCUCUACGACCAAACCGGUGGCGUCUUGAGGGAUUUUCUGGGGAUGAUUCUGAGCACUAACCCCGGUAUCGUUCUUAUGGCAGAGGAAGAAGCUGAGCACAACAGCCCAAGUCUGGAAACAAGGGUAUCUAAUUCAUUGAAGUAUUACUCUGCCAUAUUUGAUUCACUUGAUUCUAACUUACCGCUAAACAGUCCGGUCAGAAUCAAAAUAGAAGAGAUGUUCGCAAGGGAGAUUCGGAACAUAGUGUCAUGUGAAGGAAUAGAUAGGUCUGAAAGGCAUGAAUGUUUCGAUAAAUGGAGGGUCUCGAUGGCGCAAGGAGGAUUUAAGAACAUCGUAAUCGAAGAUAGAGAAAUACUUCAAAGCCGGAUGCUUUUGAAGAUGUAUUCAAGCGACAAGUUCAGUUUAGAGAAGCGGGGAGAAGACGGAGCGGGACUGACACUAAAAUGGUUAGAUCAGUCACUUUACACAGUUUCAGCGUGGGCACCUGUUGAUGUUGCGGGAACUUCCUCCGUUAAGUCACAGCCGAGUUGAUCUUCAAUGGGUUCAUUUCAUUCAUCAAGCAACAGCAACAACAACUUCCAAUCAGUCACUCAG